CUCCUGCACCUCUGCAGCCGAGAAGGAGAUGGGAGGAGCAGAGCAAAGGGAGAAGCAGUACCGAGUCCACCCAGGAUUUGGGGAUCGCCGCGGUGGGGUCAUCAGCGCCCGCACCUACUUCUAUGCUGAUGAGGCCAAGUGUGACCAGCACAUGGAGACUUUCCUCCGCUGCAUUGAUGCCUCAGGUGGCAGCUCAGAGGACGGCUUCUCGGCCAUCAAGCUGACAGCACUGGGCAGACCUCAGUUCCUGCUGCAGUUCUCGGAGGUGCUGGUGAAGUGGAAGAGGUUCUUCCACCAAAUGGCUGCAGAGCAAGGCCAGGCUGGGCGGGCAGCACUGGAGAUGAAGCUGGAGGUGGAGAAGCUGCAGGAGGCCCUGGCCAACCUCGGUGUCGUGACCAAGGCAGAGAGCCAGCACUGGUUCACAGGCGAGAACCUAGGCAUGAGCGGCACUGUGGACCUGCUGGACUGGAACAGCCUGAUUGACAGCCGCAUGAAGCUCUCCAAGCUGCUGCUCGUCCCUAAUAUGAAGACCAGGCAGCUCGAGCCUCUGCUCUCCCGCUUCACCGAGGAGGAGGAUCUGCAGAUGAAGCGGAUGCUGCAGAGGAUGGACAUCCUUGCCAAGAGAGCCACAGAGAAGGGUGUGAGGCUGAUGGUGGAUGCAGAGCAGAGCUACUUCCAGCCGGCCAUCAGCCGGCUCACCCUGGAGAUGCAGCGCCGCUUCAACAGGGAUCGAGCCAUCAUCUUCAACACCUACCAGUGCUACCUGAAGGAGGCUUAUGACAAUGUGACUGUGGAUGUAGAGCUGUCGCGCCGGGAGGGCUGGCACUUUGGCACCAAGCUGGUCCGUGGUGCCUACAUGGAGCAGGAGAGGGAGAGGGCAGCCAAGAUUGGCUAUGAAGAUCCGAUCAAUCCCACCUAUGAGAAGACCAACGAGAUGUACCACAGGUGCCUGGACUAUAUCCUGGAGGAGAUCAAGCGCAGCCAGAAAGCCAGUGUGAUGGUGGCAUCUCACAAUGAGGACACAGUGAAGUUCACCUUGCGUAGGAUGAUGGAACUUGGGAUCCAUCCCUCAGAGAAGAAGGUCUGCUUCGGCCAGCUCCUGGGCAUGUGUGACCAGAUCACCUUUCCCCUUGGCCAGGCUGGUUUCCCUGUCUACAAGUACGUGCCGUACGGCCCGGUGAAUGAGGUGCUGCCCUACCUGUCCCGGCGGGCCCAGGAGAACCGGGGCUUCAUGCAAAGGGCCAACCGGGAGCGGGACCUGCUCUGGAGGGAGGUGAAGAGGCGGCUCCUCACUGGCAGCCUCUUCAGUCCCAGCCACUAA